CGAAAAAUGAAACUUGGGGAAUCGUGAAACUGAUAUCAGGUAAGAUAAUUUCAUGCGAAGUGAUAAUUGUCAUAAUUUCUUAUUCGUAUUUUAUAAUUGCAAACGCUGAUAUGCACCAGGAUAUUUUUUAUGUCCAGAUUAAACCAUCCCAGUAAGCGAACCUAAAAUCACCCAACCGGUUCAACAGUCGGUUUGUAAACAAGUUAAUAACCACACCCGGGUUUGGAUGAAAUAGAUAAGGAACGCUGAGACAAACGCAUAGAAGUCAUUUUCACCAACAAGAGACUCUUCUGUUGCACCACUACAGAACAAAAUGAGUGAUGAUAGUUCCCCUCCGGGGACUUACAAGACAAAUAUAAGUAUAAAUGGAAAUGAAAAGCCAAAUCAAGAAAUGUUCAACCUUCUUCCAACAAAGAAAGAAGAGGAAGUGGAAGCCAUUGAGGUGCCAAAGAUUCACACAUCUGAUUCACAUAUCCCAGAGGGAAUGAAGCCAAGAGAUAUGUCACAUGACAAAAACUUAGAGGCAUUAGCUAAUAUACCAAUUCAUCAGAGUGCUAGAACUGGGGACUUUGAAUCAUUGAAUGAAUAUCUAAAAACAAUUCACUCUAACCAACUGAGGAAGAAAGUGAAUGCUAAAGAUGAAAACAGAAUUACUCCACUACAUUAUGCUGCACGUUACAAUCAUCUGGACGUGGCCAGAAAACUUAUAGAAUGUGGUGCAAAUGUGGACGCCAGAGAUGAAGAAGAUUUAACACCAUUGCAUUAUACUGCUAGAUACAAACGAGAAAAAUCAAGGAAACAAGAAAUUCAGCUGGAUCAAGAGGCACCAUUGGUAUCAAAGCCUUCUGGGAGUGAGUUACCUAUGCGACAUAUUGAGUCUGCAGAUGAUUUCUCCAAGAGUGUGUGUAAUUUCCUGAUAAAAAGUAAUGCCAAGAUUAACAUAGAGGACAAAUAUGGUCAGACUCCACUUCAUUAUGCUGCUAUGAGAGGCAAUGAAAUUGUUGCCAAGGAGUUGUUAGCUUUACCUGGUAUAAAUUUGGAGGCUCAAGAUAAACAGGGAAUGAGACCUAUCCACAUGGCAGCUACCCACAACCAGGAGUCUAUAUGCAGCAUGUUGUUGGAGGCUGGGUGUGAAUUACGAUGCCAGGACAAUGAAAAGUUAACCCCCUUACAUUGCGCAACAACAGAAGGAACAGUUGAAAUUGUUAAAGUUUUGUUUGAGGCAGCUGAAUCUAGAGGAAGCUGGGUAUCAGUUGCUGAUAUGUUAGCGGACAGAGAUUGUGAUUACAACACUCCACUUCAUUUGGCCGUGGAAAAUGGAAACUAUGAGGUUGUCAAACUUUGUCUACAGAAGAAGGCUAAUCUGAACACACCUGCUGACAAUUACAUGUACCCACUUCAUCUAGCUUCAAAGGCUGGUGAUGUUAAAAGUGUGAAGCUGCUAGUCGACUACGGAGCUCGUAUUGAUGUGAGGAACAUAGAAAUGGCCACUCCAUUACAUAUAGCAGCUCAGUACAAUCACAAGGAUAUUGUAGAGUUUUUCUUGAGACAACCAAAACCUCCUGUUGAGUAUCGAGACAAAGAUGGAUUUUCUCCACUGUUGAUAGCUGCUACAUAUGGCCAUGCUGAGACCAUCCAUCAACUUCUAAUAAAAGGUGCUGAUUAUGAAGCCGUUGAGAAGAAUGAUAAGACAGCUGUGUACUUGGCUUGUGAGGAGGAUAAACCAGAGGCUUUAUCUGCAUUAUUGAAGUACGAAGCUGUGCGUAACAUGAUCAACACUGGAGACAGAUUUGAUUUUGAUCCGUUACACGUUGCUGCCAUGAAAGGAUUUUUACAAGUUCUUAGGAUCCUGAUAGAGAAUGGUGCUGAUGUAGACAGUAAGAAUGAAGAAGAACAGACUCCUUUACAUUUAGCUGCUGACAAUGGCAGAACAAAUUGUGUAAGAGAAUUGUUGAAUGCUGACCAUUCUGCUGCCAAUGAUGAAGAUGAGAAUUCUAACACCCCUCUUCACUUAGCUGCUCUGAGUGGACAUUCUAAAGUGGCUAAUUUGCUGUUGACCAAUGGAGCUGAUGUUAGUGCUAGAAAUGGCAGUAUGUGGACUCCCCUUGAUUGUGCUGCAGCUAAAGGUUGGGUUAAGACAGCGAAAGUUCUGUUAGAGGCUGAUUCUCCAGUAGAUCCUAUGGACAAGACAAAGACUACCCCACUCCAUCUUGGUUGUCGCUAUGGCCAUUCUGAUGUUGUGAAACUUUUGAUCACAUGGAAGGCCAAUGUGACCCAGUGUGAUUCAGAUGGCUAUAACUGCUUAGAUUUGGCCAUUGAUAACAAUAAAGUUGAUGUUGCCACUGAAAUAGUGAAUUCUGUGUUCUGGGAAGAUGCAUUAAGAAAUGAAACAAUUGACAUUGCUACAGGGUCAAGGACAACACCAAUGAGAAAAUUGAUUAAGAAAAUGCCAGAUGUUGCAGAGGCUGUGUUUUUGCGCUGUAUGACAGAUAACAAGAAGAAUCCUGAACACAAAGAUUAUGCUGUGUGGUUUAACUAUGAAUUUUUGGAUGAUACCUAUGCCAACUGGGCUGAACCAGGAACCAGUGAAAUAGGAUCUGGAUCAGGAAGUGUAUAUGGUGAAGAUUUCAAACUAUCAAAAAAAGCAAGAGCCUACACUACAGACUCAGGGGAGAUGAAGAAAAAUCAUCCAUUGAUGAUAAUGGUGACAUCUAAACGAGAAGAUUUGUUAGCUCACCCACUGGUAACAGCUUUACUGAAGUAUAAAUGGAACAGUUUUGGUCGAGUCUUCUACUACAUCAAUUUCUUCAUUUAUGCUGUUUUCCUCACUUUUUUGACAGGAUAUAUUAUAGAAACCAAACCUCCUUUUCUAUAUGAAUUAGAACUUGGUGCCGGGAAUAAUACUUGUGACAUGGUGAGCCUUGCAAACGCUGCAGGCAAAGACUAUGAUCAACCUUUGUUUGCUAAGAUUGGAAAGUAUGUCAUCAUGGCUUUGGCUGCAUGGAAUCUGUUAAGAGAGCUACUCCAAGUGUACCAGGCCAAACUGCAAUAUUUAGGUUGGGAGAAUUUGAUAGAAUGGGUGACAUAUAUUUGUGCCUUAUUGUUGGUGAUUGACUUCAAAACCUGUCAGCGAGAUACUGGUUUUAGAGAAGACUGGCAAUGGUCAUUGGGAGCUACAUCUAUAUUUUUAGCGUGGAUAGAAUUGGUGUUGUUUUUACAGAAGUUUCCAGCGUUAGGAAUCUAUGUUGUGAUGUUCAAGGACAUCCUUAAUACAUUCAUACAGUUCUUCAUUGUUUUCGUCUUAUUCAUUGUGGCCUUUGCCUUGGGAUUUUAUACAUUACUACAAAACCAGGAACCAUUUGCCUCAGUGUGGCAAUCUUUAAUGAAAACAACUGUGAUGAUGAUUGGAGAAUUUGAAUAUGAUUCUAUUUUUAACGACCAGUUUAGAGAUCCAUCAAGUGCUAGUUAUGAUUAUCGUAGCAUUGUAUUCCAAGAACCAAUUACUUAUGUGUUGUUCGUUGUCUUCAUGGUGAUCAUGUCCAUCAUCAUCAUGAACUUACUGGUUGGUUUGGCUGUAGAUGACAUCAAGGCAGUACAGGAACAAGCAGCAUUAAAGAGAAUGGCUAUGCAGGUUGAACUGGCUCUAGAUGUGGAAAGACUUGUGCCUGAAUUUAUAAGAAGAAGAUUUGUUAUUCAAAAGCAAAAAAUCAGGCCGAACGAAAGAACAUUGAAUCCAUUGAAAAAGCUUUCAGCAAUUGAAGCUGGGGAUCUUUCUUCAGCUGCUAUUUCUAAGGCUUUGAACCCAGAAUUGGAUGAGAUAGAAAAGCUACAAGAAAGUCAAGACCACUUACAGAAAGAUGUAAAGAAAUUAAAAUCUAGUAUUAAAGACAUCCAGGCUCAGAACAAUAAGUUAGAGAGCAUGAUAUUGGCAUUACUGAAGAAAGAAGGUGUAGGCUUCGAAGAGGAAGAUUUCCAGGAUACUGAAAACUUACAACUCAUUUAAAUGUUAUUUUAGUCUGACCAUGGUAGAUGGACAUUGGUUUUAUGUAUAUUAUUACUAAUCAAGCAACAAAACUUCAUUUAGAAAUGUAAAACUAUUGACUUAGAAAUAGGUAUAAAGUAUUGUGAGACUUGUUGAUAUUUCUGUCCUAUCCCUGGGGUUGAAAUUUUUCUUGAAUAAUUUUAUAUUAAAGAAUUGACAAAUGGCAGCUUUUUUCAUAUUGAAAAAAAAUUGCAGAAAAUUUUAUAAAAAAAUGGUACUUUUUUUCCAUCUAGCUUUUGAUGAAAGUGGGGGAACAUUUGAAAAUUGAGAUAGGUAGAGGUGGGAAAAUUAAUUUUGAACCUUUUCCAUUCCAGCACAAUUGGAAAUAAGACAAUACAUGGCUAUUUGUAUCGGAACAUUUUAUAUGUCCAGAAAGAAACAAAUGUUAUGAAGAUUGGAAUUUCAGGCAUAAUGUUCUAUGUGGUUAAACUCCUAUAUUACUUUUAGAAGUAUAGAAACAUAUACUGCUCUUGUAAACUAAAUACCUACUAUUUGUAAAAUGUUUAGAUAAGUCUUAUGUGUGUAUAGAUACAUAUUAUGUGUGUUUAUGUACUCUUAUGUAUGUAUAUGUACCAGUUGAGUUAGUACAUACUAAAUAUAGUGUCUUACUUUAUUUUCUAUUGCAAGUAAUUGAAUCAUAUUUGUUAUAAUGUGCUUAUGUCACCAGAUGAUAUUAAUAAAGAAAGCAGGUUUAAAUCAUGCCCAUUAAUUAGCUUAUUGUUAAAGCUCUUAUUGAUACAGGAUUGACAAUGAUGUGUUAUGAAAUUUUAUGUAAAGGAUAAGUAGAGUAUUCUAAGAUUCCUUGAAAGUAUUUUUGUUAAUACCAGUAUUUCUUCUAUAUAAAUAAACUUACGAAAUGAUGUAAAAAGAAAUUUAAAAAUUUCAUUCAGCCAUAUUUUUUUUUCAAUUUCAUUUUGUAUUAUGCAAUAAAAUUGAGAAUGGAAAUGGGGAAUGUAUCAAAGAUAUGAGUAUGGCAAUAACAAUAACUUGACCGAGAUGGCAGAUUUUAAAGAUGGUAGGUUAAUUGAAAAACACCCAUAAACAUUUGCAUACAUUGAUUCUGGUAGACAAAUAUUAAUAACUUUACUAAUAGGUAAAUCAGGGUAUAUCUAGAUUCCAUAAUUUUGUAUGAUGUUAGUAAAUGAUUAAUUACCAAAGGAAAUUGACCUGUUUUCAUUAUUUUCUAACUAGUCAUUGUUUAAACUAUGAUUUUUUGUUAUUUUGGUAUAACAUUCUGAAUUGAAAUUUUGUUAGAAAAAAGGCUAUAUUGAGGCCUUAUACAACCUACUACAAUGUAACAAGUCUUUGAUAUACUUGCAUGAAAAUUUGAUACAGUAUAUACUUGCUUCAGAGUUGAUUUAUACAAUUAUCAUAUAAUUCAUACUCUUAUAAAUAUUUAUAGCUUCAGAUAUUCAAGUCAUAAUUAUUAUCCAAGAUUUUUUGUGUAUUGGUAUAACAAUAUUUGUGCUACCAAUGCAUCUUUUGAAAACAAAAAAGGAGUAUUUUUAUCCAAAUGUUCUUACUUUUCAUUCUGGUCAAUUUAUUUGCUCAAUUUUUCUUAUGCAUAAUUAUGAAUAAAAGAGAUAGCCUUACUUUUAGCAAGUAAGUGACGCAGUACUUUCGUUUUAUGUUAUGUAAAGAAAAAGCACAGACUUUCCAUACAAAUUAUUCAGGUUUAAUGUAUAUGAAGGUUGUACCUUUCUGCUAUAGUUGUGUUUUUAUUUCUAUAUGUGGAUAUGUAAAUAAGUGGUUUUAGUUUAAUAAUUGUAAACAGAAAAGUAUAAUUAAUUUUUUUAUCAGUAUCAUAAUAGACAAGUUGUUGAAGUUAUAGUUACUAAAAUUUGAUUGACAAUUUGCAAACUUUGUUCUGACAAAUUAAAAGAUAAUUAAAAAUACUUAGAGAAUGUUAUUGAUGUAUUUAGAUAAUAAUUUUAUGACUUAUAUUGUGUUCAUUUCCAUAAUUGUAAUUAGUGCUAUUUCUUUAAUUUUAGUUCAUUUAUUCAUGACUGUUAUAAUAUAUUGUAUAUUGUUCCUUAUGUCAUAAAGAUAUAACCUAGAAAAAACAAAAAGUUAUAACUAUUUACUUGCAAAAACAAUUGACAAUUUGUUUACAUUUACCUGAGGGUUUGGAUGGGUUUAACAUAAAUUAAAAUAAUCUGCUCUAAGGGAAGAUUUAGACCAAAAAAUAAAAAAAAUGAUAUAUGGAGAGUUGUGGGAUGCUGAAAUAUAAGGAAAAGAGAAAUAAUCCCCCCUUCCCCCCAAAACAAAUUUAAUAAAAUAAAUAAAUAAAAAAUAAUAAAAGAACAAUUUAAUAAAUAGAAUUGUAAAAAAUGUCAUAAGAAUUAAAAAAAAAAAUAAUAUUAAAGCACCCUAUCCAGACCCUCUCAUAACCUUUUUGUAUAUAAAAGUAUAUAAAAUUGUGGUGAAGCCAUUAUUUCUCAUACUGUAAUUUUCCCCAUUUUCAAGUAAUUAUUUUUCACUGAUGUUUUGCUCUACUUAAUGACAAAAUGAAGGAAAAGCCUGCAGAUACAAUUUCUGUAGUGUUUCAGAUAGGUAGACCAUUUUUUUUAUAUAUAAUUUUACAGUUUUUUAUUCUGACCAAUUCAUUAUUUUUAUUUUUUUUUAUUUAAAUGUGUUUAUUGUUUGACCAAUUAUGUUUAGUUUAUUUAUGGUUGUGUUUUGUUGAAUGAAAUGAAUUUAUUUUGUUUAUUAUCCCCUUCUUUAUCAGCAUCGAGUUUAAGAAGAAAAAGAGGUGAACUUAACUGCAUUCAAGUUCAAAGUUAAAAGCUCCUCAAGUAGUUUAAACUCCAGAUGAUACAAUUGAUAUACAACCACAAUGGUCGUAUACAGACCACAAACAUUUUUUUGCUUUGGAUAAUGCUAGUAUUGGGCAAUAGCAAGAAAUCUUCAAUUGCAUAGUAUUUGAAAAUAGCACUGUAUUAAGAAAAUUCAGACAAUAACAAGCUUGAAUAUUGUGUCAAAACCUGCACCAACUGUUCUGAGGUCGUAUCAGGCUUCACUCAGCAAAGCAUUUUUUGUUUGUCAUUUGAAGGCUCAUUUGUGGGAUAUCUAAUUUAUAGGUUACAUAGCAGUUGUUAUUUAUUUGUAUGAGCUGAUUGUGUUGAUAGUACAAAGAUGCUACUUUAAUGUGUAGCAUACAAAAAUAUAGACAUUUGAUGGGGAAACGUACACAAAUGGUUGAAAUAUUGAAGUUGUAAAAUUUAAUUAUUGAAGAUAUGUUUAAAAAGUAUAGAUCUGAAUACAAAUUGUAUAUUGCAAAUCUACCUCUUUUGUCUUAUGUAUAUUGUAUGCAAUAUUCGAUGCUUCUAAUUCAUUUUAUUUUAAUCUUCAUAUUAAACACAAAAUGAACUAAAAAUUGUAACUUCUUAUUAAAAGUCAGACAUGGUAAUCAAUCUUCUACCAUUAUUAAAAAAAGUAUGCAGAUCAUGCUUAUUCUAAUAUUUUUAAUACUUUUUUACAUUAUUGAAAAAGAUGAGCUAUUUAUAUUAUUAUUAAGUUUUAAUUUGGAAAUAUGCAAAGUGUUUUUUGAAGAAGUAUAUUCUUUCCUAUGAAUUUCUGAACUUUUAUCUUUUGUAGAUAUUUUAAUGAAUUUGUGAUAUUUUAUGACAUUGAUGUAGACAAUCAAAGUUGUUAAGAUGUUAAUGCUGCUGAAUUUAUAUACUAUAUAUAUAUAUAUAUAAGCAUUAAAACAUUUCUGUUUCUUUUCUGAAAAAUUGUAGAUUUUAAUUUAAUUUUUUUUUAUUAAAUCAAAUCAUGAUUUGUUAAUAAUAUAAUAAGAAAAUAGUUUACUUGUAUAGAUGCUGUAUCUGUGUAUGUAUAUAUUUAUUAAUGUAUUGUCCUGUAUAUACAGUCAUACUGGAAAGAGCAGAUUUCUACCUAGUAAGAUAAGUGAAGUUAGUUUUUAUGUUGAAAAAUUCACAUUUCACGUUCGAAAUAUUCUCAGAUUUUUCAAACUUAGUUACAUCAAGUAAACACUUUAAUGACAUGAAAAAUAAUUGUUAAUUGUUUAGGUUUUGUCCAUCAAAAGUUAAAGAAAUGACAUUCAGACCAAUGAUCUGUGCACAUAUAGUUGAAUGAAUGUUUAAUCUAUCCUUUUCGCCUGUAUACCUGUGCAUUACAUUCUGAAUUCUUUUGGAAUGGAUCACUUAUAUACUGUAUAGGUUUAAAAUAAGAUUUUUAAUGGAUUUUAUAUUCAAUAAAAAGACCAAAUUCCAAGAAUAUUUUGCUCAGUUUAAAGAUGAAUUAAUUUUUUAAAAGUAUAGAACAAGGUUUUCUAAAACAUAAAGAACUGUUUUAUAACCUCUCAUGUUGUAUGCUAGCAGCAGUCCAUAAUAUUUACUUUAAUUAUGAAAGCUAUGCAUACACUCUUUGUAAAAGUUAUUUUACGACAUGAUUUGAAACUUAUUAUUGGAUUGAAUAUUUGAAAAGUUUUUGCCUGUUUUGUUUUGUUAUGUAGAUUUGUUUGAUUUAUAACUGGAUUAUAGUGUUGAAGAAAGAAGGCAUACUGAGAAACUUUAUUACCAAUACGUAUAUAUAUAUAUAUACCUUAUCCAUGUAGAUUUUUUAUAGAUAUUUAUAAUUGUUAUUUAUUGUCAUUAGUUCUAUGAAUUACCAAUUUCCUGAAUCCUAUUUUUUGUAUAAUAAAAAUUAUUAAUCAUAA